AUGAUGAUAAUAUUAUCAUCAUUGGGUAUUAAUACAACUAAUAGUUCAAUCGACAGUGGUAUUUUUGGUGAUUGGAUUUUCAAUUCUACUAGUUAUAUGCUCUGUUAUUCUUAUACACUCAAUCAAUAUACAGAUGCACGUGCUAAAUGGUCUAAUUCAUUAAAUGAAGAUCGUCGAACUCAUUGGUACAAUAUUGGUAAUUCACGUGUUAAUGUUUUAUGUUCUAAUGAUGGUCUGAUACAAUUAUAUAUAUCUGAUCGUAGCGGUACUAUUAUAAAUAAAUUUGGUGCACUAGAUUUUGAACUUAAGCCUCAUCAACGUAACAAAGGCAAUUAUCAACAAUAUGCUUACAGUGGAGGAUAUGCUUAUGUAGUCGAUAAAUCUUCAAAUCAUAUUUGGUCGAAUGCAUAUCGUUAUUUUAGUCAAGAUAUUCUUAAUAAUCCAAAUAGUUAUUCUUGCGUAUUUUGUUCAAAUUAUUUUAAUACAACAUUAUUUUAUAAUAAUGUUCAAAUCAAUCAAACAGUUUAUGCUCCUACAGGUGAUGAUCCAUUAGUAUUAAUUGAUAUAAGUCUAACAAAUACAAAAAGAAAU